AUGGUGGGGGUCCCACACAGUACUGGUUGUGCACUUUGUCGCGAAAGACAUAUCAAAUGCGACGAAGCAGUCCCCGAAUGCACCCAAUGCCAACGCUAUGGCCGCACUUGUCCAGGAUACCGACGUACCUUUCGCUUCCAAGACGAGGGUCCAAGUCUAAAACGCCGUCAUCGCUCCACCACCCGCGGGCGAGGCCGCGGGGCCUCAACGGGCCCCAGCACCCCCAGCACUCCGGGCACAACCACGCCGCAAAUCGAGCCAUUCGGCCAGUCCGAGCCCGCCGGUGGUGCCGCGGCCGUUGUACGCGCCAAUGCCAUUGCAUUGAUGCGUCGGCACUCGUCAACGGUCACGUUAGACGAGAAUGUGUCACCGUCGCUGGUGCGGAAGACUUUUCAGGCUGCGCAGCCACAGCUUUUCUUGGAUUUUAUUAGCGCAUCAUUUCCAACAUUAUACUUCCACAACCGGUUUCGUGCGGGCAAUGAACCGGGAUUUGCAGAGUUCAUUGUGCUGAACUUCGGCCAAGAUGCAUACCUAGAUACCGCUAUCUGCUGCUUAAGCUCCGUUUACUUGGCGCAUUUAACCCAAGAUCCGGUGCUGCUUCGCACGAGCCGGCGCAUGUACGGACUUUCGCUGAGCGAGGUGAUUCGUGCUCUAUCAAAGAAUGAGCAUGCAUUGUCAGAUAACAUGGUCUGCACGGCUAUGAUGCUGAGCGUAUACGAAAUGUAUGCCCGAACAAGUCAUGAUGCAUGGGUCGUGCAUUCCGACGCCGUAAGACGGCUCAUGGAAAGUCGUGGUCCAGCGCAGCAUGAAUCAGGCUUUGGGCGAUCAUGCUGGAUCGCAUUUCGGGGAUUCCAUAUCGCGACGGCCGUGUACCAAGGGAAACCUUGUUUUCUGGAUCAAGAGGAAUGGCAACGGUACACAAUGCGAAUUAUGACUGAAGAUGCUCAGAAACCUGGGGAAUGGUCUGCGUACGCCUUUAUCUCGGAUAAGGUCUUUAUGGAGAUCGCAAAGUGUCCGAGGUAUAUCAGCGAGACUCGAGAAAUCUUGUCUGGCCAAACAAGUGCCGAACGAGAUACCGUCGAGGCUCUUCUACGACGAAUCCAAGAAACGACCAUCAAACUACAUAAACUGACCACGGAGCUGCGUUUCUGUAUCAGUGCCCACGGCCAGCGUCAACAAAGUAUCGUUUGUCGUCCGGGCACAUUCAUCGGUCCGGUCCCCGAGAUCUUCCCUGAAACGGGACCAUCGCUUCUCCUCCGUGGUGCGGAGAAUAUCCUUGGAACGCUCGGUCAGUUACGGGAGCGUCUUGAAGACAAGCUCCGCUGUCGUGUGAUUGAAGAGCUCUCGCCCGAGUCUGUCGCAGAGACGCCGCCCAGCGAAGGAAGCACGGCUUCUCAAUCUCCUACCUCGUUGCCGACCGGGUCGAAGACAUUUACCUUACCGUUUCGCAUAUACUCAGAGCUUGGAAGGGGUCCGUCUCAAACGUCUGAUCGGGAUGAUCCUCGUGCGGUGAUUUGGCUAGAUCGCGUUGCUUCAUCUAUGGGCAUGCUGGGUACGAGAAUUAUCGAUGAGACUUCGAUUGUUGGAUAUGUCGAAGAGGAAACGACACCUGAAGCAUCUACCCUCAGUUGA